UCCCAAUAAAAACCCAAAUACUCACUCGCAGACGCCGCCAUCGGGAACUCAGACCUUCGCCUUUCGUUUCUCCAUUUCCACAUCUCUCCUUGCUUUCUCAAUUCCUUAAACCUAAGAUCUCUAAGCCAACAUGUCGGGUUGGAUGAUGGUCAAAUCGUCGGGAAGGCAGCUUCUGCGCCGGGGCUACGCUACCGUUGCUGCACCGGAGAGGAAGGUUGCCGUUCUAGGCGCCGCCGGUGGGAUCGGCCAACCCCUCGCUCUCCUCAUGAAGCUCAACCCUCUCGUCUCCAAGCUCGCCCUCUACGAUAUCGCCAACACUCCCGGCGUCGCCGCUGAUGUCGGCCACGUCAACACCAGAUCUGAGGUAACUGGGUAUAUGGGUGAAGACCAGCUGGGUCAGGCUCUGGAGGGAUCUGAUGUCGUCAUCAUUCCAGCUGGUGUUCCCAGGAAGCCUGGUAUGACCCGUGAUGAUCUUUUCAACAUCAAUGCAGGAAUUGUAAAAGGUCUUUGCACUGCCAUCGCCAAGUACUGCCCCGAUGCACUAGUUAACAUGAUAAGCAACCCUGUGAAUUCAACUGUUCCAAUCGCAGCCGAAGUUUUCAAGAAAGCAGGGGUCUAUGAUGAAAAGAAGUUGUUUGGUGUGACUACCCUUGAUGUGGUUAGAGCCAAGACUUUCUACGCUGGAAAAGCAAAUGUGCCAGUUGCAGAUGUCAAUGUUCCAGUUGUUGGUGGCCAUGCUGGCAUAACUAUUCUUCCACUAUUUUCCCAGGCCACACCAACAGCCAACUUGUCAGAUGAGGACAUUAAGGCUCUUACCAAGAGAACGCAAGACGGAGGGACAGAGGUCGUAGAAGCAAAGGCUGGAAAGGGUUCUGCAACAUUAUCAAUGGCCUAUGCUGGAGCCAUUUUUGCUGAUGCUUGCUUGAAGGGUCUCAAUGGUGUUCCUGAUGUGGUGGAAUGUUCAUUUGUGCAAUCAACGAUUACUGAACUUCCUUUCUUUGCUUCUAAGGUGAGGCUUGGAAAGAAUGGGGUUGAGGAAGUCAUGGGAUUGGGUGCUCUCUCAGAUUUUGAAAAGGAAGGUUUGGAAGCUUUGAAACCUGAGCUCAAAGCAUCCAUUGAGAAAGGAAUUAAGUUUGCCAACCAAAGUUAAAUAACUUAUUUUUGGCUGGCAAUUUUGAACUUGUACUUCUGCUGCCAUUGGCAGCCAUAUUUGCAAUUUUUUGGUAGGGUGGGUGGCCAUACACAGACUUCAAGUUCCUUAAUAACUCCCAUUUGGUUGUGAUGGGAGGUUGCGGUAUCGAACCUGAUUGUAUGUAGGCAGGAUUGUUCAUCAGUUUAUGACUUUUUCAAAACGGCUCUCUGUCUGGCAUCACAAUGUCACAUAGCUGCCAUUGUAGUUUAUGAGCUGGUUUUUCACUAGCUAGCAUUCUGUGGUUCUUUUUUGUGUUUGGAGGAUAUUUAGCAUUCAAGGUUAGAAGUCGCUGUUUUCAUUUAUUA